GACUUCUCUAUUGCUCAGUUCCGGUUUCUGGAGCGACUACUUGUCGUCCAUGGGCACUGGUGCUAUAAGAGGAUUACCCAAAUGGAAGAACACAGAGCUAGGGAUCUAUUUUAUGCCCUUUGGGUUCCUGACCUUUUCAUGAAAAGGGUGAACAACAAUGGGGAGUGGUCAUUGUUUUGCCCAAAUGAGGCUCCAGGUUUAUCUGAUUGUUGGGGUGAGGAAUUUGAAGAACUGUACACUAGAUAUGAAAGAGAGGGCAAGGCAAAAAAAGUUGUUGAGGCACAGACCCUAUGGUUUGAAAUUCUGAAAUCACAGAUAGAAACUGGAACACCGUAUAUGCUUUUCAAGGGUCAUCAUUUUCCCUUUUCAUACCCUUCAGGAACAAGUCCUUGUAUUGAGAUGUUGGAUAACUGAGGAUACAAUAUGAAUUAGUAAUUCUCAUGAAUAAAAGGCCAAUCAACUUGGAAGUUCCCUGCCCUACUGUGGUGAACUGGAUUAAGAGAAAUCCAGGUCAUGCUCAUCUUAUCACAGGAAAGUAGGUGGGAUCAAUUGAGCUGCCUAGGAAAACAGAACAUGAGGGGAAAAAAAUAUCGAAAUACAUGUGGCGGGUAUUUUUCUUGUUAAUACCUGUGAUCAUAGCUUCUAGAGUUUCUCAUUGUGAUCAUAGACAAUUCCAUGCCCCAUUCCUGUAGUUUUGGAUGCCACUAACUAUUGGUGUGAUUCUAUAAACUUUGAAUCAGGGGUCUCAUCCAUUCAGUCCAUAUGCUAUGCCUUCACCAAAUGGCAACACCGAGGCUUCUGGCAUGGAAAUGGAUGGUAAGUCAUCUGAAGGUAAGGAAAAGGGACCCAUGAAGAGAUCAAAAGGAACUUUAGGCAGCUUGAAUAUGCUUAUGGGCAAAGGAUAACAGUGAGCCGGGUAAAACAUCUGGAGCAUCUGGGAAUGGAUUUGUCUCCCAAAGGACACACAACAGAAGGCAAGUGGUGGGAAAGAUUCUUUGGAAGGUAGAUUUAUCAAAAAUGUUCCUCCCUGUCAUUACAUGGACAUUUUUCAAUAUUGAGCAGGGUACCAUAAUCUAUUAAUUGUAGCUGAGG